AUGUCGAAAUACUCCGAUGGCGUGUCACCGCUCCCGCGGCAGAAGCCUUUCCCUCAUGCACACUCGAAGAAGGCCAUGGCCUUACUGGGAGAAGAUGGACCCGCACAGCAGAACCAGAGAGCUCAACAACAGAACGCACAGAUAGCGCCCUGGGAGGAGCCAGCUGGGAACGAUGAGAACAUAUCGCCAUGGGCCGCCGAUCCGCAGAGUCAGAUGGGUGGGACAAGGCCGUUCAACACCUCGUACUUUUCUGAACAAACGCCACGAGAGGCUCAGUUCCCGGGCAGGAGGACUGACACCAGCCAGAGCACGUUCUCCGACGAUUUCGAGUGGGAACAGCGGCGACCAUCUGUAGCGAGCGCCAACACAGCCAGCAGCGCGGAUUCGCGGGGUGCAAAUGGCCGGAAGAAGAAUUUGGGAAAGUUCUUUGGAGAAGAUCUCAACGAGUCGAGGAAAGGUUCGAAUGCGAAUCUCCCAGAUACAGCGCAGAACGGAGACGCCUCUUCAGCAAAGCGGAACAACUCAGUACAAACACAGGAUGACAGGCCAAGAACGCCAGCACCGCCCUCGAAGGAUGUUGCACCAUGGGACUAUCAGAAUUUCGAGGACGUGUCGAAGUACGGCUCUGCUCCCAUACGGCAGGAGCCAAUACCAGAAUCCCCGCAGAACACUCCAGGCACCGAAAACUCAAGCACAUCGUCAUUCAGGAAGGGACUGCUUCAUCGACAUACCAAGAGUAAGGAGGAAGGCGCAAAGGAAAGACUCGCCCCACCUUCCGAUCCCAAGCGACCUUCCACCAGUCGGGAGUCAUCUGCAAACCACAUCGCAGCAUUAAAGAGUAGGCCGACCAAUUUGACGCCGAUGACCUCGUCUACGCAGCUAGCACAGUCUGGACCUGCAGCACCACCUCGAAGUGCAACCGCUCCCCAGCCAGAGAAAGAGAAGCGUGGCUUGUUUUCAAAGUUGAAGCGAGUCAAAGAUAAGCACACUCACGCACCAGAGCCUCCGCCAAAGCAAACGAACGAUCUGCCACCUCUUCAGCCCAUUCAAAGUCGAGAUAGGACCUUUUCGAACAAGAGCGGUGGCAGCAAUAACAUUCUCGAUCAGCGAGACCGAGAGACCAGUGUUGCGUCCGUCGACAGUGCUUCGACAAUCAAGGCUGCAGCUGAUCCAGUGAUGCCAAAGCUUGAUAGGUCGUUCACAGCGUCGUCGAAAGCCAGCAGAUUUCACAGGCCCGGUCGCAAUAGGGGACCUAGUGUUGUGAGUGAGAUAAGUCAGAAAAGUGUCACGACGCCCACGACGCAAGCACCGAUGCAGGCCGGCGUCUUUAACCUCGAUACCAAUUUCGACGAUAUGUCAGAUAUCAUUAGCAAACCACAGAUUCCAGAAACACCGGGAGGAGACAUUAUCUGGGCUGGCAAGGGCAUGCCAACUCCGAGCACAGAGCUAACAGCGCCAGCCUGGGAUGCCCCUGACAGCUGGGCUGUGAAAGGUCAGGAAGACGAAGUGCUCAGUAGAUUACCUGAGGUCAACGAAGAGGGUCUGCCUGCCAUCGAAGAGGAUGACGGACUGUCGUACUUCAUGCGAGUCUUCCGGGCUGACGGCACAUUCGCGACCCUUUCGAUGAACAUCAACGCCACUGUUGGUGAAGUCCUGCAAUCACUGGCCAAGAAGUCGGUUCUUCACGAUUCGAUAGACAACUAUCAGCUUCUCCUUCGCAAGCAUCAAACAUCGAGGGAGCUGCUGAAAGGUGAAAGACCUAUCGCUAUGCAGAAGAAGCUCCUGAUUCAAGCUGGCUACAGUGAGAAAGACCACAUCGAGGACGUGGGUCGUGAGGAUAACAGCUACCUCUGCCGCUUCACAUUCAGUCACGAGAAGCAUUCCGGCUACGGUAGUGGUCUUGACAACGAUCCGUCGUUCAACAAGAUGCAGAAGUUCAGCCAUGUCGAUCUGUCCGGCAAGUCGCUCGUAACAAUACCCAUCAUUCUCUAUACCAAAGCACCGGAGAUUAUCUCCCUCAACAUCUCACGCAAUCUGGCGUUGAAUGUGCCGAAGGACUUCAUUACGGCAUGUAUCAACCUACGUGAGAUCAAAUUCACAGGGAACGAGUCGUGGAAGCUGCCUUCCAGUCUUGCUUCUGCCGGCAGGUUGACAGUGCUGGACGUCUCGAACAACAGGAUUGAGUCGCUCGAUCAUGCUGACCUACAGAAGCUUGUUAGCUUAUCUAGCCUUAAGAUGGCCAACAACAAGUUGACGGAUUUGCCGAUCAAUUUCUCGCAGUUCAGACAGCUUCGAAGCUUGAACCUGUCGUCCAACAACUUCAGCACUUUCCCAGAGCACAUAUGUAGUCUCCGAUCUCUUGUCGAUCUCGAUAUCAGCUUCAAUAAGCUGUCUCAUCUGCCGAAAAUUGAUCAGCUAAAGACACUCGAACGGCUGUGGGCAACCAACAACGAGCUCAAAGGUCCAUUCAACGAAGGGUUCCGGAGCUUGGUCAAUCUCAAGGAGGUCGAUGUCCGGUUCAAUGGUAUCACUAACCUCGACAGCAUAACUGAUCUGCCGAAUCUAGACUCGGUUUAUGUGGGCCACAACAACAUUUCAACCUUCAAAGGCACGUUCAAGCAGUUGAAGACGCUGGUUCUCGAUCAUAAUCCUCUGACGACCUUCGAGCUGGAAGGCCCGCUUCCAUCGUUAGUCCAUCUGAAUCUUGCGUCGGCAAAGUUGGUUGAAUUCAAAGAGACCAUGUUCGAAUAUCUGCCAAACCUGCAGCGACUGAACCUGGACAAAAAUCAUCUGUCGAACAUGUCUGCGCAGAUCGGCAAAUUGGCCAAGCUGGAGUACUUCAGCAUGGCCAAGAACCCACUCAACAUAGUACCGCCUUCAAUUGGCAGCCUCGUUGAGCUCAAACUCCUCAACAUACGCGAAUGCAAUGUCAAGGCACUGCCGCCAGAAAUAUGGUACUGCAGAAAACUCGAGACGCUAAAUGUGUCGUCGAACGUGCUCGAGUCAUUCCCGAAGCAGAAUGCUGCACCGCCGCCAGUUGAUAGUAACAACGCCGUCACUCCAGGAUUGUCGCACUCGCCCAGUUUCGAAGAACUUGGCAAGCUGGAGGAUUUUCAAGCCAGGAGACCCAGCCAAGCAUCUGCUGGUAUGCUCAGCGUUGGAAGCUCGCCUGGUGGAUCUGGCCGUAAGAACUCGAUGGCAUCGAUAUACAACCAGCCGAACAGGAAGAUGUCACAGAUUUCGCGUACGAAUACUGAGUUCUCGAUGGCCUCAACCACUCGUAAGGACUCGAACUUGUCCCAAGCGCGACUGCAGAACACAUUUGCUGGAUCACUACGUUAUCUGUCUUUAGCUGAUAACCGCCUCGAGGACGACGUGUUCAGGGAACUUGUCAUGCUCCCAGAGCUGCGGUCCCUCAAUUUGUCGUAUAACGAGCUUGAUGACUUCCCUCAAGGCGUCUUGCGAAGAUGGCCUCAGCUACAAGAGCUCUACCUGUCCGGGAAUGAGCUUACAUCACUACCUUCCGACGAUCUCGAAGAAAGUAGCAACCUCAGAAGUCUGCAUCUGAACGCCAAUCGCUUUCAGGUUCUUCCAGCAGAACUUUGCAAUGUUCACAAGCUGGCAACAUUAGAUGUCAGCAGCAAUUCGUUGAAGUACAACGUGUCAAACUGGCCAUACGAUUGGAACUGGAACAGAAAUACGAAUCUCAAGUAUCUCAACUUCUCUGCAAACAAGCGGCUGGAAAUCAAGCCAGCAGCUCAUCAAAACCAGAAUCAAUUCAACGCGAUGAGCGGAAGUGAGUUUCAGGAUCUCACCAGCUUCAAUACGCUCAAAUACCUCCGAGUGCUUGGUUUGAUGGACGUCACCUUGCUCAUCAACACGAUUCCCGAUGAUAACGAGGAUCGUCGUGUUCGAACAUCUGCCUCCUUAGCUGGCGCCCUCAUGUACGGAAUGGCCGAUACCCUCGGCAAAAAUGACCACCUGUCGACGUUAGACCUCUUGAAGCCCAACUACCGUGGCCAUGAACAGGAAAUCCUGGUCGGUCUUUUCGAUGGUCAAUCUAUGACCAGCGGAGGAUCGAGGAUCGCGAAGUAUCUGCACGAGAACUUCUCAUCUACCUUGGCGGAGGAGCUUUCUAGGGCCGAUAAAGCUGGCGACACUCCAGAAGACGGUCUCAGAAGAGCAUUCUUGUCGUUGAACAAAGACAUGGCAAAUUUUGCUAGCAGCAACUUUGAUGCCAGGGAGCACAGAUUAGCCAAUGGGCACAGGGGCUCGACGAUUGCCAACGUGCUUGGACCGGACGAUGUUGGCUCCGGGUGCACGGCCGCCGCAAUCUACCUCAACGGAACGGAUCUGUAUGUCGCCAAUGUUGGUGAUGUAUGUGCCAUCAUGAUCGACUCUCGUGGUCAACAUGUGGACUUGACCUUCAAACACGAUCCUGCGUCCAAAUCGGAGCGUGAGAGGAUCCGCAACGCUGGCGGCUACGUCUCGAAGCAAGGAAAAUUGAAUGACGAGCUAGAGGUGAGCAGGGCAUUCGGAUACUAUCGACAUAUGCCUUCUGUCAUUGCAUCGCCCCACCUGUUCCACUGCCAAUUGAGCGAGGGCGACGAAAUCAUUGUCAUUGCGACACGCGAGUUCUGGGACUUUGUAACUGUUGACCUGGCCAUCGAUGUUGCACGCGCAGAUAAAGGUGAUCUCAUGCUCGGUGCUCAGAAGCUGCGUGAUUUGGCGAUCGCCUUUGGAGCAAGAGACAAGAUCAUGGUCAUGGUUCUGGGCAUCUCGGAGCUCCGAAAACGAGGCCAGAACCGAUUCCGAGGCACCAGCUUGUCGAUGGCUAAAGAGCUUGGUGGUGAAGAGGGUGCUAUCUUUCCCAGUUCGCGCAAGAAUCGUCGCAAAGGCGAAACUCUGGUUGGCGACUCCAAACUUGCUCGCUUGGAAGAGCCGGACGCCCCUGUGGGCGACGUCGCUAUCUGUUUCACGGAUAUCAAGAAUUCGACUGCGCUCUGGGAGAUUCUGCCUGUGCCUAUGCGAUCGGCCAUCAUGAUGCACAAUGAACUCAUGCGAAGACAGCUGCGCAUCAUUGGUGGCUAUGAAGUCAAGACCGAAGGAGAUGCAUUCAUGACCGCGUUUCCGACAGUCACAUCGGCGCUUUUGUGGUGCUUUAGUUGUCAGAGUCAUCUCCUGGAGUUGCCCUGGCCAACGGAGAUCCUUGAUACCGUGCAUUGUCAAGAAAAGUUUGACGCGGAUGGCCAAACCAUCUACAGGGGUCUUUCCGUGCGCAUGGGCAUCCACUGGGGGCGUCCAGUGUGCGAGCAAGAUCCAAUCACGCGUCGUAUGGACUACUUCGGACCCAUGGUCAACAAGUCAGCUAGAGUGUCUGCGGUCGCAGACGGUGGCCAAAUCAGUGUCAGCAGUGACUUUGUGGCGGAAGUGCAGCGUACUCUGGAGCAAUACGCAGAAGAGGAACGCCGCGACUCGGUCGGGUCACAGGAUACUGUUAGUGACGAUCCCUUGGGGGUACAGAUCCGACGUGAGCUGCGCCAGUUGAGCAGUCAAGGUUUCGAGGUGAAAGACCUGGGAGAGCGCAAGCUCAAAGGCCUCGAGAAUCCGGAGUACCUCUACCUCAUGUACCCACAUUCGCUUGCCGGACGUCUCAAUGUGCCUCCUGGAGCCGAAAGUCAAGUGCAGAUGGGCGAUAAUGGUCAGGAGAAGACACAGCCAGGUAGCUUGGGAGCCGACAGCCAAUUGUCUUUGGAAGUAGAUGAAGUCUGGAAACUGUGGGAUGUUGCACUUCGUCUGGAAAUGCUUUGCAGCGCACUGGAAAGUCCAGAGAAGGCUCAAACACUGCAUAAGCCGGAGCUCAGUCUUCUGACGCGCAUGAAGAAUGCUGGCGGCAAUAUCAGCGACUCGUUCAUGGUCAACCUCUUGGAACAUCAGGUGACCCGCGUUGAGACUUGUAUCACCACAUUGGAGCUUCGCCACAUGCUGAAUCCCUUCGAGAGGGGUGCAUCACUUCUUGACAAGGCUGCUCCAAUCCAGGAUCUCCUCAGUCAAAUCAAGGAGAUAAUGGGCAAAAGAGCCACGCCAGGCGAGUCGAUUUUGACUCAAAGAUAG